GCUGAAUAUAAAGAAGCACCGGAGCGCAGCAUGCCAGCGGCAAUGACGUCGUAUCUUGGUAAGCCGCAGCACACAUCUCAACACAUAACUUCGACGACGCGACACGUUGCUGGUGUCCCACCUUCACCUCUCUCUACACCAUGUCCCUCUCCAAGCCUGGCGACAUCACGCUCUCGCAGACGCAGCGGCACGUGCGUGUCUUCGCGAACGGCACGCUCCUAGCGGACUCGAAGGCGCCCGUCGAGCUGCGCGAGUUCCGCUGCCCCGUGCGCUUCUACCUCCCCGCCGACGACGUGAAGUGGGACACGCUCGAGACGGUCGGCAUGCGCACCUCGUGCCCCUACAAGGGCACUGCGGACCGGUACUGGCGCGCCAAGGCCGGCGGGGACUACAUCGCGUGGGGGUACUCGAACCCGCUGCCGGGCGUGGCGGAGAUCAAGGACCACGUCGCGUUCUACAACGAGAAGCUGCAGAUCGAGGUCGAUGGCAAGCCGCUGUAGCAUAGCGAGAGCACAUAAAAGCACGUACUGAGUCGGAUGGAUGCGUGACGGUCUGGA